AUGGAAAGAAUAACAAAUAGAAUUUCGUUUGUUCGAGAAGUUUUUUGUAACGAUUAUUUAAAAUCACAAUAUCCGUUAUACGGUUUAACGGAAAUAGCAACGAGAAAGAAUACAUUUGGAAAAAUAACAUGUAUAAAUCAUUUGAAAAAAAUUUAUGAGGGUAUUGAAAAACAUGAAAAUUGGGCACUCGAACUUCUCGAUGCGAGCGGUACACCCGGUGGUGGUUUAACAUGGGGUAAUAAUUAUUGGUUGGGAAAACAUUCAAAAUGUCGAUUUAAAACGUCAAAUCCUGUUGAAAAAGAAUCGACAGAAUUUUACGAACCUCCAUUUAGAGUUGGUUUUCGUAUGAGUUUGUUUAAAUUAAAUAAUAUGAAUUUGGAACAAGAAAAUAACGAUCAACAUUCGAAAAAGGAAAAGUCGUUGGAUAAAAUUCAUUUGGGAUUAUGUUUACCAUUAAUUUGUAACACGGAUGAUUUAAAACCAUUUUUAUCGGAAUGGGGAAGCUACGAAUUGAAAAUAGACAAUUCCGAACAUAAACCGAUGCCGAUACACAUAAUAAAAACGACGCCGAAAAUUUACGUACAAGAACCUAAACAAAAUAUUUUCACGGGGCUUUCGUUAUGUUUUUCAUUAAAAAACAACACAAAAUUAUUAUUUUCCAAAACGGAAGUUGACGACAACAAUAAAGAAUUAUCAAUAAUACACGGUAUACGAUUGUUUGGAAUGACGUGGCUCAUUUGGUUGUAUACAAUUUACUAUUUAACGUUUCAUUCAGAUAAUAAAUUAAAUUCGAAUUAUACAUUACCACACGUUAGUUUAUCAACGGAUACAUUUUUAUUUACAAACGGUUUUUCUCUUGCAUUUAAAUAUUAUAAAUAUAAUGGAGGAUGGUUGAAAAGUGAAAAAAAAUUUAGCGUUAAAAAAAAAGUCAACGAAUUUAGUUUUGCAACAUUGAAACGUUAUUUACGAUUAACACCCGGUUAUUUGAUAACAAUCGGAAUGAUUAUGAUAAGUUUGAAAAUAACAAAACAAAUAAGUUUGUUCGAUAUGAUGAGUGAAGAUGAUGAAACAUGUCGGAAAAUAUGGUGGAGAAACGCGAUUUACAUAAAUAAUUUAUUUAAACAAAACGAAACGUGCGUUUCAUGGAGUUGGUUUUUGGCCAUUGACAUGCAAUUUUUCCUUUUGGGAUUAUUCAUAUUAAUAUUAUCGACAAGAUUUUGGAAAUUUGUUUCCUUUCUAUCGGUCGCACUCAUCAUUUUAUCAUCCGCCAUUAACGGUUAUUAUUGGAAAAAUCAUAGGGAAUUACAAAUAUCGCGUGAUAUUUUUACAUUUUCACCAUGGUCAAGAAUUGGACCUUAUCUUGUUGGUAUGAUAUGUGGUUAUUUAACAGCUGAUGUAAAUAAAGAUUUAAAAUUUAACAGGACAACUCUUAUUGCAUCCUGGUUGUUAGCCAUAUUAUGUGGUAUUUGGGCAACAUUUGGCAACGAUAUUGGGUCAUCAAUGAUUUUUAAAUUACUUUACAAUGCAUUUAGUCGAACGGCAUGGAGUUUGGCACUUGCAUGGAUAGUAUUUGCUUGUUGUACCGAUCACGGAGGUUUCAUUAAACAAAUUUUAUCAUUUUCGACUUGGAACACUUUGGAUAAACUUUUUUAUCCGACAUAUUUAUUAACACCGUUAAUAAUAAUAUUAUUAGUAUCAAAUCUUGAAAAUCCAAUACAUUUAGAAUUUACACAAAUGAUCGUUUAUUUCUUCGGAAGUUUAACUAUAAUAUUUAUAUCAUCGUUUUGUUUUUCAUUACUGAUACAAAUCCCAUUUAAAACGUUGCAAAAAAAAUUAAUGGGUCAAGGAAAUCGACAAAACCUUUUAAAUCGUUCGACUUGA